GGGUAUAUAGCCGGGUGGCCAGAGCCUGGCUUUGAACGUCGCGUGGGACUCGUCGGACUCUGGUCUCUGCGCUAAUAUCGGUUGAUUUCUUUCUUCAGGAGGAGAAAUGGCAUCGGUCGCAGUUAAUCCACAACCGAGUGUGGUCACUAGGGUAGCUAACCUACCCUUGGUGAGCUCCACAUACGACCUUGUCUCCUCGGCUUACAUCAGUACAAAGGAUCAGUAUCCUUGCUUGAGGUCCAUGUGCGAGAUGGCGGAGAAGGGUGUGAAGACCAUCACUUCUGUGGCUGUGACGAGUGCUCUACCCAUCAUCCAGAAGCUGGAGCCACAAAUUGCGGUUGCUAAUACCUAUGCUUGUAAGGGGCUCGACAGGAUUGAGGAGAAACUGCCUAUUCUGAAUCAGCCAACAUACCAGGUUGUUGCCAAUGCCAGAGGUGCUAUGACUGGGGCAAAAGAUGCUGUGACAACUACUGUGACUGGAGCCAAGGAUACCAUGGCCAGCACCAUCACUGGGGUGAUGGACAAGACCAAAGGAGCAGUGACUGGCAGUGUGCAGAAGACCAAGUCUGUGGUCAAUGGCGGCAUUAACACAGUCUUGGGAAGUCGGAUGAUGCAGCUGGUUAGCAGUGGAGUAGAGAAUGCACUCACCAAAUCCGAGUUGCUGGUAGACCAGUACCUCCCUCUCACUGAGAAAGAACUAGAAAAAGAAGCAAAAAAGGUUGAAGGGUUUGAUACGGUUCAGAAGCCAAGUUAUUACAUUAGGCUGGGAUCCCUGUCUACCAAGCUCCGCUCACGUGCCUACCAGCAGGCUCUCAGCAGGGUUAAAGAAGCCAAGCAAAAAAGCCAAGAGACCAUUUCUCAGCUCCAUUCCACUGUUAACCUGAUUGAAUUUGCCAGGCAGAAUGUGCAGAGUGCCAACCAGAAAAUUCAAGGUGCUCAGGAUAAGUUCUAUCUCUCCUGGGUGGAAUGGAAGAGAAGCAUCGGCCAUGAUGAUACAGAUGAAUCCCACUGUGCUGAGCACAUUGAGUCACGUACUCUUGCUAUUGCCCGCAACCUGACUCAGCAGCUCCAGACCACGUGCCACACCCUGCUGUCCAACAUCCAGGGGUUACCACAGAACAUCCAGGAUCAGGCCAGUCACGUGGGGGUGAUGGCUGGUGACAUCUACUCAGUGUUCCGCAACGCUGCCUCCUUUAAGGAAGUGUCUGACGGCCUCCUCACUUCUAGCAAGGGGCAGCUGCAGAAAAUGAAGGAGUCUUUAGAUGAUGUGAUGGAUUAUCUUGUUAACAACACACCUCUCAACUGGCUGGUAGGUCCCUUUUAUCCUCAGCUGACCGAGUCUCAGAAUGCUCAGGACCAAGGUGCAGAGAAGGACACAACCAGUCAGGCCCAGCAGCCUCAGCACAAAACACAUUAAACCUGUCCUUGUCACCAGUAGAUGGUUCAGCCAGCCAGAUGAUCCUUUCUGUUCUGUUGAAAUUAACCUGCUAGACAACUCGGAAUUGGGGAAGCAGCU